CCCCAGAUGACUCACCAGGAGAGAAUGACUUUGAGAAAUAGCUCUUCGGUGACUGAGUUUAUCCUUGUGGGAUUAUCAGAACAAUCAGAGCUCCGGCUCCCUCUCUUCAUCCUGUUCUUGGGAAUCUAUGUGUUCACUGUGGUGGGCAACUUGGGCUUCAUCACCUUGAUUGGGCUGAAUUCUAGCCUUCACACCCCAAUGUAUUUUUUCCUCUUCAACUUGUCCUUUAUAGAUCUCUGUUAUUCCUGUGUGUUUACUCCCAAAAUGCUGACUGGUUUUUUAUCAGAAAAUAUCAUCUCUUAUGUGGGAUGCAUGACACAACUAUUUUUCUUCUGUUUCUUUGUCAACUCCGAGUGCUAUGUGCUAGUAUCGAUGGCCUAUGACCGCUACGUGGCCAUCUGCAACCCUCUGCUAUACACGGUCACCAUGUCCCCUCAGGUCUGCUCUCUGCUGAUGUUUGGUUCCUAUGUGAUAGGCUUGGCUGGGGCUAUAGCCCACACUGGAAGCAUGCUGAGACUGACCUUCUGUGAGUCCAACAUCAUCAACCAUUAUCUGUGUGAAGUUCUUCCUCUCCUGCAGCUCUCCUGCACCAGCACCCAUGUCAGCGAGCUGGUGUUUUCUACUGUUGUUGGGUUGGUCAUCACAAUAUCCAGUAUGAGCAUCUUCAUCUCUUAUGCUUUGAUUCUCUCCAGCAUCCUCCGCAUUCCUUCUGCUGAGGGCAGGUCCAAAGUCUUUAGCACAUGUGGCUCCCACGUAAUUGUUGUUGCUCUGUUUUUUGGGUCAGGGGCAUUCACCUAUUUAACAACCUCUUUUCCCGGAUUUUUGGGACAAGGCAAAUUUGCCUCAGUCUUUUACACUAAUGUGGUUCCCAUGCUUAACCCUUUGAUCUACAGUUUGAGGAAUAAGGAUGUUAUAUUUGCCCUGGGUAAAACUCUGAAGAGAGUGCUCUUCUGA